GGAGGAGAAGUCAGACAUUGCCCUUAACACGCUCGCGGAGUAACUGUCGCGCGGGAAACAAAGGCUCGACUGCUGUGAAGUCAACAGUCGCGCUCUCCAUCCUGAAGCAUGUGAGAGUCUGCUGCUGCUACAAAGGGACGCCAGAACACAUUCACCGUCGGGUUGAGCGCCGCUCGCCGGAAAACAGAGACCACAAGUCCCCGCCAAGAGCUGAAUUUGCAACCUGAGAGAGUCACCGAAUUAAUGGCCAUCAUUAGAAAGUAGUAGCCCAGUCAUAUUGAUCGCCUAUAUCGUUUACGCCUCCGAGCGGGGGGGUUGUUUUCUUCUGAGCGUGCGCGAGAGAAACAUUCGCUAUCAAAAGGGAACGGUCUGACCAUUGAUCUUGGCAUUGCGAUGGCGCUUUAAAUCGUCUGAAUGUCUUGAAUACAUUUCAACAACCGAUUGCAAUGUAACAGUGCGAGAUAAGUUACAUUUUCCUUUUCGCAGGGAGUACAGCGCAUCCCCGUGGUACAGUACGUGCUCGGGUGUGGGAGAACCACAUCUAGUAAUAUACUGAUGAAACUGGGCGGGAUGAUCCAAUAUGGCCGUGUGGACCUGGAUUUAGCAGCAUAUGAUGAUGUCGGAGGCUUUGUCACAGCAAGAGAGACUUCGGGCCAUUGCUGAGAAGAGAAAGAGAGAGGCUGAGAUUGAGAACAAAAGAAGACAACUUGAGGAUGACCGCAGACAACUCCAGCAUCUCAAGUCAAAGGCAUUGAGAGAGCGAUGGCUGUUGGACGGAGCGCCAUCCAGUGGAGAGGACGAGGCACAGAAACAACUACAAGAGGAUGAAGCCAAGACCAAACUACUGGAGCAGACCAUCCUCAGACUAGAACAGGAGAUUGAUGAGCUUGAGAGUGGCGUGGCUUUGAAUAAAGGAGAAAAUUCACCUGAUGGUCCAGUGAAGGCCGUUGAGAAUGGCAUACAGCAGACCAGCCCUAACGCAGAUCAAAAUAGCAAGAAACAGAUCACAGGCAUCGAGGCCAAACUGCAGUGCACCAACCCUGAUGUAGCCAUUGAGAAUGCCAGCUCAGAUCAUCCCGUCACCAUGGUGUUCAUGGGCUACAAGAAUGUAGAGGAUGAGGCUGAGACCAAGAAGGCACUGGGCAUAGAGGAGACAGUGAAAGCUGAAUUUGUGGUCAUUGAGGACGGCGAGAGCAAAGGCGGAAACGAAGGAGCCAAAGAGGACCAGGCCCCACCUAAUGGCAGCGCCUCCAGUCCUGACAAAUCUCAGGAUGAGGCCAAGAAGGAGGAAUCGAAAGAAGAAGGUAAUUCAAAAGAAAAGCAGCCUUGCAAGUGCUGCACAGUCAUGUGAGGGCGACCGCUCACCCUGAAGUUUAGACUCUGAUGGAAACCUGACCCCGACCAUAACACAACAAUGAAUAAGUAUACCCCGUAUACUUAUAAUCAACUUUUGUUGUCUAGUAUGUAUUUCCUUUUUUUUCUAUUAAUAUUUUUCUAUAUUUCUGUCUUGACAUUUAUAUAUCUAUAUAUACAUAUAUUUUCAUUAUGUAAUCUUAUGAAGUCCAGUAUUUUGCUUGUUGAAGAACAGAAAAAUGAGGACCACAUCAGACUCAACAUGGUUAAAAGAACUUUUUUGUGGCCCUCAUCCUUAUUUUGUUUUAAGAAAAAAUAAGAUGAACAUCUCAAUAUAUAUGAAAUAGCUAUUUAUCUCCCGUAUACAUUAGUGUUUCUAAGAUAUUACUUUAUAACAGAAGACAUGGCUAUAUUGAUAUUACAAUAUUAUGCUUUUAAUAUAUAUUUUGAGCCUUUUGUUUUGUUUAUUUUAUUUUAUUUUUUUGUUGCCAAAUCAUCUCAGACCACUGUGAACACUGGUACAUGGAGUGUCGUCUUUGUCCACAAUCAUACAUUCUGCUUUACACCUCGUAGUAGGCCAAUGUUUGUAAAUAUGAUGCAAUUAUUUAUGACUGUUCAUGCUAUGAUAGUAUACAUGUAAUCAUGUUUUUAUUCAAAUAGGCUGCAGUGAUUACCCUAGAUCCCGGUCAUAACCACAGCAGAUAUCUGUUUGAACAGUAAAUCACUUUUUACAAGAUACCCAUUUUAAACCCUUUUAAAUCUCUUUUCUACAUGAAUGAUAACAUUGUUAGAUAUAACUGUAAUCAAUAUUAUUUUUUGAAAAUUUAGUAACAUUGCAAUGCCUCAUAUUACACGUAGCCCAUAUUAUUAAAAAACAUUCUUACAUUAUGCUAAAUAUAUCUUUAUAUCAUUUGAAGAAAAAAAAAGAAAUGUGUGAAAUUGAGGGGUUUUGGUGUUAAAUGGGUUGCUGUAAGUUGGUAUGCCCUCAAUUAAACAAGAGUCCAAUAUCCAUGUUUCAGUGUUCAGGCAGUUCAUUCACAAUGAUGAAUCAUUCAUUAGUGUUAGUUCAAGAUAAACAGUCUGGGGUCUAAAACAUGUUUCUCAUUCUGAGAUCACAGCUUUGUAAGUGUAGUUUUGCCAUCUUUCUGAUAUUUCAAUUUAAUUAAUUAUUUCAUUUUGUGUAAGACAGUAUGUGUUGUGGAUGUCAAAUAAUGUCAUGAGUUAUCGGUGCUUUAUUGGUAUGGCCAAUGCCUGUUAUGGUCCAAGUGUUUAAAUUAGGAACA